CAGACGCCGUCAAUUUGGUCAGCCCCCGUUAAAAUGCCCUCCAUAGGGCCGUCUCAAUUUCACUGAUAAAGAAUGGCACUGUAUCGCCGCCUUUCUCGGAAUCGCCAUGUCUUCCGUCGGCACUCUAUCGCUGCUCUGUAUUCUUCCGGCGACCUAACAAACCCUAACCCAACUGUUCUUCAUUCUCCGUUAAUAAACCCCUUUCAAUUUUCUUCUUCUGAUGAUCAUAAUCACACCCUCAAUUCUACAAAAUUGCUGACAUUUUACUCUCCACAUUCUUCAAGAAUUGAACUUUCAGGGUUCCGCCAAGUUCUUCACUUUUCGACCUUAGCUAAUUCGGAAGAGAAGAAGAAGAAUGAACAACAAAAGCCUUCUUGGGUCGAUACUUAUUUUCCCCAAAAAAUUAGACCUUAUGCCCAUCUUGCCCGACUUGAUAAACCUAUUGGCACUUGGUUACUCGCUUGGCCUUGCAUGUGGUCGAUUGCUUUGGCUGCUCCACCUGGGAGCCUCCCUGAUGUGAAAAUGAUGACACUAUUUGGUUGCGGGGCCUUGCUUUUGCGAGGUGCUGGAUGUACAGUUAACGAUCUUCUUGAUCGAGAUAUCGAUACUAAGGUGGAAAGAACAAGGUCGAGGCCAGUUGCUAGCGGUGUCUUGACACCCUUUCAGGGACUCACUUUUCUUGGGUUCCAAUUGCUAUUAGGUCUUGGGAUUCUUUUGCAAUUGAAUAAUUAUAGCCGCAUUUUGGGUGCUUCAUCCCUGUUACUGGUCUUCUCAUACCCCCUCAUGAAGAGGUUUACAUUUUGGCCUCAAGCCUUUCUUGGUUUAACUUUCAACUGGGGAGCUUUGUUAGGUUGGGCUGCAAUUAAAGGAAGUAUUGAUCUUGCAGUUGUGCUUCCUUUAUAUGCGUCCGGUGUGUUUUGGACGCUUGUAUAUGACACAAUAUAUGCACAUCAGGAUAAAGAAGAUGAUCUCAAAGUGGGUGUCAAAUCUACAGCCUUGAGAUUUGGAGAUUCCACAAAAGAAUGGAUCAGUGGGUUUGGAUUAGCAUGCAUCAGCAGUCUUGCUCUUUCCGGAAUUAAUGCUGAUAUUGGAUGGCCAUACUACGCCUUUUUGACAGCUGCUUCUGGCCAAUUGGCUUGGCAAAUUUGGACUGUUGACCUUUCAUCUCGUGCAGACUGCAACAGAAAAUUUGUUUCCAACAAAUGGUUUGGUGCAUUUAUCUUUGGUGGGAUUCUCUUUGGACGACUAUUGUGACAAUAGUAUGCGGUAACAAUGUUUUUUUCUUCUUUAACCAUUUGUUCAUUGUGAAUCUCAAUGCCAUUGGUCGGCAUGUAUUUGGAGUUCUUUCCCAAAGAAAUAUUCAGAAAUAUAUGCCAAGUCAUUUUUGGUUAUAAUUCUAUUGCAGAUAA